GAACAUUUCUAUUUACUUCAGAUACCAGAAAAAUUUAGUGUACCGCGAUAUCGUUUGUUACUGAAUAUUGUUACAACGGAUUUAGAUCAUUUGUUGCCCCUAGUAAUAUUCAAUUUAGGGCAAGUUUUUGCAUAAAGAUGUCCAAUACUAAAGAGUGCGAAGAUCUGCGCUGUCGCAUUUGUUUACGAACCGAAGUUGAUGAGCUGAUGUCUCUGUUUUGUGUCGCUGCUACUCAAAAGAUGUUGCUGGCGCACAUGGUUCUUGCCAGUACGGGCAUUCCAAUUUCUACAAUGGAUAAGCUACCACAGCUGAUGUGUGAUGAGUGCAUGGAAAGUCUGGAUGUGGCCUAUGCAUGCUGGAAACGCUGUCGUCAAUCGUGGGGAAAUUUCAAGCGCUUUAAACCGCAAAACGAUGAGGAUAGAUAUAACCGUUGCCGACUUUGUUUGAAACACGAUGCCACAGAACUUGUGUUGCUUGGUGGUAUCUGCGAAGGUCAGAUUUUAAGUAUCAGCGAAAUGAUACAACAGUUUGCUGGCAUUGAUAUAAUUGAAAAUGAUGACUUUCCCCGAUACAUUUGCGACAUUUGUCUCAAUGAUUUAAUCACUGGAUUCGAAUUUCGAACGCUUUGCCGGCAGUCUAAUGAGAGCUUACGUAAGCCGCUUACUAAGGAUGCCACACUAGAAUUAAAAAUACAGGAACGAAAGUCAGGCAUCGAUGCUAUACUUUGCAAUGAUUCUGUUUCCAUCAACAAUAUACUAAGGAAGUCUAAAACGUGCUUAAACGAAAUACCUUCCCAGUUUAAGACGCUUUCAAAAACUACUGCAGCUAAGAAUCCAAAAAGUAAAUCAUCGAAUAUCGCGACCAAAACUGUAUCAAGGAAGAAAUCAACACAGGUUGCAAAAACCACCGCCGGCUCCACACCAACUAAUGCAAACCUAGAUGAAGCUUCGACGGUGGCAAAAACAUCCAGUCCGAGCCAACCUCGAAAAUUAUAUUUUUCUUCUUCAUCCGAGUUAAAAGAACUAAUAAAAUCAACACCACUCAAAAAAACUGCUGAACCAAAACAGCAGUCUACUACACCUCCAGAAAAAUGGCAAACGGUUGCGUCGGAAAGUGUGUUAAUUCCACACCGUUAUGAGGACAUGGACAAAAAGAAACAUUUUUCUGUAUCCAAAAUCUUGAGCUUCAUGUGUUCCGUUUGUCGGAUGACCUACGCCGUGAAUGCGAUUCUCGCAAAGUGUGCUAAAUGUCAAUUACCCGUUAAAAACUUUCGUCCUAUUCAAACUGCUCAAGCAUUGGCCAAUGAUGAGUUUCAAAUUGGAUUCCGUUGUAACGAAUGUGAUUUCUACACUGUAAUGAAUGAAAUGAUUAUUUUGCAUGUAAAAAAGCACAAUAAUCAGACAACACAGUUUAUUGAUACGGAAUGGGAAGAAGAAAUAGCCCUUACCGAAAUUAAAGAAGAAACCGAUUGCGUUACUGAGGGUGGUGGUGAAGCAGAUCCUUUGGACAUAAGUCGAAUUGAAUUGAAUAGAACUAUAAGUAAUAAAUCGCAGAGUGUAAACAAUUCAAUAACAGGUAAAACACCGCAGCACAGCAGUCCGACCAACGACUCCAAUCGAUCUACCAACGAAAGGAACAAAGAAGGCAACAUAAGGCCGGUUGAGACGGAGUCGCACAACACUAGACAGAGAAGAAGCAAAUUUGGAGUGUCGAAACAAAACGAUGAUUUUGUAUAUUGUUGACGACUUUAUCUUAAGG